AUGUCAGCAAAACCAAAUAUUGUAAUCAUUGGUGGAGGAUAUGGCGGAAUACAUGUAGCUACAAAACUCGAAUUGGCCCUUCAUAAAACACAUCAAAUCAUUCUUAUCGAACGUAAAACUUACUUUUAUCAUUCAAUUGGUGGUCUUCGUGCGGCUGUUGAAGAUGGAUUCGAACAUAAGAUUAUGGUUCCUUAUAAUAAUCUCUUUAAGCAUGGAGGAAAAAUUGUACAUACUACAGUUACUGCAAUUCAUGAAAAAGAAGUUAUUAUUAAUAGCAAUACUGAAUGGGGAACUCGCAUACCAUUUGAAUACUUGGUAAUUGCUACCGGUUCUAAUCACUCUAAACCUGCAAAGAUGGUAGCAAAUAAUAAAGAGGAGGGUGUUCCUGAAAUAGUCGCACAAAGAGAAGCUGUAAAAAACGCGAACAAGAUUUUGAUUAUCGGUGGAGGUCCAGUGGGCAUAGAACUUGCUGGAGAAAUUGCAUCAGUUUAUAGUGACAAAGAAAUUACACUUGUUCAUUCGGAAGAUCGGUUGCUUUCGGAACAAUUCCCAAAGAAAAUGACAGAUCUUCUUGCGAAACAAUUGAGAGAAUUAAAUGUAAACCUUAUUUUUGGUGAAAAAGUUAAUUUUCCCUCUUCUGGUAUUGGUGAUGGUUUGUCUCCCUUAACACUAGAAACUAAUAAGGGUAAUCGAAUUAAUUCUGAUGUCCAAUUCGUAGCUUUUGGUACAAAGCCUAACACCCAAAUUGUAGAAACCUUGGACGAAUCAUUAAUUGAAAAUGAUACUACUUUAGUAAAAGUUAAACCAACUCUUCAACUAGAUCAUGAUAAUUAUGCACAUAUCUUUGCUAUUGGGGACAUAACAAAUAUUAAAGAAACGAAACUUGCUUAUCGUGCUAACCUUCAUGCUGAUAUCGUAGCUAAGAAUAUUGUUGCACUCAUUAAGAACAAAAAAUUGAAUGAAUAUAGCCCUGGUCCUGAAGUUAUGAUUGUCCCCAUUGGAAAGAAUAAGGGUGCAGCUCUUCUACCAAUAGGCAACAUGGUCCUUGGUAGUUUCACAGCGAAAAAUUUCAAGGGUAAAACUCUUAUGGUUGAUAAAAUAUGGAAAGAUUUGAAUGCAACACCU